ACUCAGUUAGGAAAUAGUUUCAAGAAAUGAGAUCGGUCUUUUCAAGAGCAGUUUGUUAGUAUGUUCUCUGAAGUCAACCAAUCUCUGAGUACCUACGCCUAUUAUUGUUGUUAACCGAAAUAGUUUAUUAUGCGACUGGUUAUAGGCAUCCUAUUAGUCUUCUUCCACUCUAACAUCGCCAGUGGUGUUAACAAGGACAAAUCAACUACCCCAAGAAACAAAGCAAUUCACAAAUCGAAAAUGGGGGAAGUAUAUCCAGAAUUUGAGAACGCCGGACAGGAGAAUGGACUCCAAAUAUGGAGAAUCGAGGAUUUCAAACCAGUUCCCUACCCGAAGGAACAAUAUGGAAAAUUUCAUGAAGGAGAUUCCUACAUCAUUCUAUCCACGAAAAUUUUCGAUAACGGAGCCAAGGAGUGGAAUUUACAUUAUUGGUUGGGAUCAAAAACAUCGCAGGAUGAGGCAGGUGCAGCUGCAGUUCUCACAGUGCAACUGGACGAAUCUCUUGGAGGAGUUCCAGUUCAGUACCGCGAAGUACAAGAGCACGAAUCCCAACUUUUCUUAUCUUAUUUCAAGAAAGGCGUCAGGUACCUUCCUGGUGGAGUUUCUUCUGGGUUCCACCACGUAGAUCCAGACGCUUUCGAGAAGAAACUAUACCAAGUGAAAGGAUCCAGAAACGUGAGAGUGAAGCAAGUUGAUCCAACGAUAAAUUCGAUGAACGAUGGGGACUGCUUCAUCUUAGACGUUGGUAAAAACAUUUACGUUUAUGUGGGAACUAAGAGUAGGAGGAUUGAACGGUUGAAAGCCAUAACUGCCGCCAAUCAAAUCAGGGAUGAUGACCAUGCAGGCCAUUCAAAAGUGGAAAUCAUAGAUGAAUCCAGCACAGACAAAGAGCGAGAAGAAUUCUUCGAAAUCCUCGGUUCGGGAUCUCCUUCUGAAGUGCCUUCAGAUUCGAAUGGCGGAGACGAUCAACAGUUCGAGUCGAACCAAGAACGCACAGCAUCCCUUUAUAGAGUAACAGAUUCCUCUGGAGAUCUAAAAGUUGAGGCAGUGGGCGAAAAGCCCUUCUCUAGAUCAUCCCUAGAUACCAACGACUGUUUCAUUUUGGACACGGUCGAUUCCAACAUCUUCAUUUGGAUAGGGAAGAAGUGCAACAGUGUGGAGAAAGCGAACGUCAUGAAAAUCGCGGAACAUUACUUGAAAUCCAAGAAUUAUCCACCAUGGACCCACGUUCAGAGGAUUGUGGAAGAGGCUGAGCCCACUGCGUUCACGCAGUACUUCAAAUCCUGGGAUGGGCAGAAACCAUACCGUAGCAGGCUUGUACGUGAGGCCAGUAACGAAGAAGCUGAAGGAUGGGAAGCCAGACUGUUCCACGCAUCGAUCAAACGCAACAAAAAUCAUUUCGACAUCGAUCAAAUUUUCGACUUUGAACAAGGCGAUCUUUACCCUGACGAUGUCAUGAUUCUAGACUUGGGCACCAAGAUUUACUUGUGGAUCGGAAAAGAUGCAAGUGAGCAGGAAAAGUCAGAGAGUGGGGAUUUAGUCUUGGCCUAUUUGAGGAAAUUUGGAAGGGAUGGAGUCCCAGUAAUAACGAUCAACCAAGAAGAAGAAGACGAUAAAUUCAAGAAACAAUUUCCAUCUUGGGAUGACGACCUGUGGUCGCAUAAAAAUGCGGGUGGAGUUCGUAUAAAAUCCACCCAGCUUCUAGUCGACGCCAGUCGCAGUUUGGCGUCGCUUCUUGGAAGACUAAAAAUGAAGCAGGUUUAUCCCGAGUUCGAAAAAGCCGGUAGCGAAGAAGGCAUAGAAAUUUGGAGAGUAGAGGACUUCAAGCCAGUCCCAUACCCCAAAGACCAAUAUGGAAAAUUCUACGAAGGUGACUCCUACAUCAUCCUCAGGACGAAGAUUCUCAAAAGUGGAGCCAAGGAAUGGGACCUUCAUUUUUGGUUAGGAUCAAAGACCUCGCAGGAUGAAGCUGGAGCUGCAGCCAUUCUUGCAGUUCAGUUGGACGACGCUCUUGGGGGUGUACCAAUACAAUACCGCGAAGUACAAGAACAUGAAUCGCAACUAUUCGUAUCCAACUUCAAGAGCGGUAUCAGGUACCUUCCUGGGGGUGUAGCAUCUGGGUUCCACCACGUUGACCCAGACGCUUUCGAGACAAGACUGUUCCAAGUGAAGGGAUCUAGAAAUGUCAGAGUCAAACAAGUCGAUCCCAAAAUUACUUCAAUGAACGAGGGGGACUGCUUCAUCUUGGACAUAGGAAAGGAUAUCUACGUUUACAUUGGAACCAAAAGCAAAAGAAUCGAACGCCUGAAAGCUAUCACCGCAGCAAAUCAAAUCAGAGACCAGGAUCACGCAGGAAAGGCACACGUGCAUAUCAUUGAUGAAUUCAGUUCUGAAAACGAAGUAGAGGAAUUCUUCAAGAACCUCGGAUCUGGCUCUAGGUCAGAGGUACCCCCUGAGUCUGCAGGAGGAGACGAUUUGCAAUUCGAAUCGAAUCAACAGAGGGUGGCCACGCUAUACAGAGUCUCGGAUUCUACAGGCGAUCUUAAAGUUGCCCCAGUUGGCGAGAAACCCUUCUCUCAGUCGGCUCUGGACACCAAUGACUGCUUCAUUUUGGACACGGUCGAUUCUAACAUAUUCGUUUGGAUAGGAAAGAAAUGCAACAGUAACGAGAAAACUAACGCUAUGAAAAUCGCGGAGAGUUUCCUGAAGACCAAAAGUUAUCCGCCAUGGACUCACGUACAAAGGAUCGUCGAAGAGGCUGAGCCAACAGCUUUCACGCAAUACUUCAAGACCUGGCAAGGACAAAGGCAAAUUCGCAGCAGGCUUGUACGUGAUGCCAGCACGGAAGAAGCUGAAGGAUGGGAGGCAAGACUAUUGCAUGCUUCGAUCAGGGGAAAAACCAAUCAGUUCAGUGUUGAACAAAUAUUCGACUUCGAACAAGAUGACCUCAAUCCUGAUGAUAUCAUGAUUCUAGACGUAGGAACCAAGGUGUUUAUAUGGAUUGGAAAUGGCGCCAGUGUCCAAGAAAAAUCUAAAUGUGAAGAUCUAGUCACGGAUUACUUGAAGAGGUUCGGCAGAGAAAACAUCCCCAGAAUAAGGGUUCAACAGGGCAAUGAAGAAGAAAAAUUCAAGAAACAAUUCCCAGCAUGGAACGAUAAUUUAUGGGAUACCGACACCAAAUACGACGACGCCAAAGCCCAUUUGAUUGCAAUGAACAAAGCAUUGUCUCUUCAUUGAGAACAGUUCAAGUGCCUUAUUUAUACUGAAGACAACACUGUUGCUGUUCAAUUUAUACAAUUUUCAACAAGCUUUAUAGAGGUUAUGAAAUAGUAAUUAAUAAGAAUCAUUUUUCAUUUGUAAGUUUAUAAUUAAGCGUAUUUAUUAAACUGAAUUUUAUCCAAUAA